AUGUCACCUCUUCGAAUACAAAAGAGAGAAAGAAAAAAUCACAGAGGGAACAUUGGGACAAGUUCUUUACAAAGACUCAGUCAUAGUGUUUUACUGGUGGUGUGGAUUGAGGUGUCAGAUAACAGAAUAUUUAGAAAAUUACUUAGGCUUGACAUCACUUUCCUCAGCAUGUUUCUCACCUUACACUCCUAUGGAACUGGAACACCUUACACACCUAUGGAAACACACUAUUGGAACUUGGAAAGAGCUGUUUUGGGCAUUUUUGGCCUGCCUUGUUUUGGGCCAAACCAGUCUUUGUUUUCAAGGGAGUCAUUCGCUCUUGAAAUCCAUUAA